AUGCAGAAGAAUCCAAAGUUUAAACACCACCCAAAAUGUCAAAAAUUGGGAAUCACACACCUCUCGUUUGCUGAUGAUGUACUCAUGUUUUGCAGGGGUGAUUUUGAUUCUGUGGAGACAAUGAUGAAAGGCCUGAAUACCUUUGCUGAUACAAUAGGUCUGAUUGUGAAUCCAAGGAAAUGCAAAGUUUUCUUUGGUGGAGUGGAUGAAGACACUAAAAGAAGAAUAUCUGCACUCACUUCUUAUGAUGAAGGUAUGCUCCCUUUUAGGCAGAAUUCAACUUGUCAUAACUACUACCACUGCUAUGGCACAAUUUUGGAUGCAUUGUCUUCCCCUCCCCAAGGCUGUCAUAAAGAAGAUAGAUGGCAUUGGAUGCAUUGUCUUCCCCUCCCCAAGGCUGUCAUAAAGAAGAUAGAUGGCAUUUGUAGAAGUUUUGUUUGGACAGGAAAAGCUAUUGUCAGCAAGAAAAGUCCCAUUGCUUGGGAGUCUGUUUGCAAGCCAAAGAAUAUGAGAGGUAUGAACAUUUUCAAUCUCUAUCUUGGGAAUGAUAUAACCCUGUUAAAGUGCUUGUGGAAUCUGAGUUUAAAGGCAGAUAACCUUUGGGUCAAAUGGGUGCAUGCUCAUUACCUUAAAGAAGAGUUUAAUGGAGUUUAA